AUGCUGUCCCGACUGCGCGCGGCCGCGGCGCCCUGCGCGAUGGCGCGGCGCAGCCUGCACACCAAGGAGAAGGGCAAGCCACUCAUGCUCAACCCGCGCACCAACAAGGGCAUGGCCUUCACCCUCCACGAGCGGCAGAUGCUGGGGCUGCAGGGGCUCCUGCCGCCCAAAAUAGAGACGCAGGACAUCCAGGCCUUACGCUUCCACAAGAAUUUGGCAAAAAUGACCGACCCCUUGGAGAAGUACAUCUACAUCAUGGGCAUCCAGGAGAGAAAUGAGAAGCUGUUCUACAGGGUGCUGCAGGACGACAUUGAGCGGCUGAUGCCCAUUGUGUACACGCCCACCGUGGGCCUGGCCUGCUCCCAGUACGGACACAUCUUCAGGAGACCAAAGGGAUUAUUUAUUUCCAUCUCAGACAGAGGCCACAUUAGGUCCAUUGUGAACAACUGGCCAGAGAAUGACGUUAAGGCUGUUGUCGUCACUGAUGGAGAAAGAAUAUUGGGUCUUGGAGACCUGGGGGUGUAUGGGAUGGGAAUUCCAGUGGGAAAGCUGUGUUUGUACACAGCCUGUGCAGGGAUACACCCAGAUAAAUGCCUGCCUGUGUGCAUCGACGUUGGGACUGAUAACACAACCCUGCUGAAGGAUCCCUUCUACAUGGGGCUGUACCAGAAGAGGGAUCGCUCGCAGGUCUACGAUGACCUGAUCGACGAGUUCAUGGAAGCCAUCACAGACAGGUAUGGCCAGAACACGCUCAUCCAGUUUGAGGACUUUGGAAACCACAAUGCUUUCCGGUUCCUGAGGAAGUACAGAGAGAAGUACUGCACCUUCAAUGACGACAUCCAAGGGACAGCCUCAGUGGCCUUGGCAGGACUGCUGGCAGCCCAGAAAGCCACUGGGAAACCACUCACAGACCAGAAAGUGCUGUUCCUUGGAGCAGGAGAGGCCGCCCUGGGAAUCGCCAACCUCAUUGUCAUGGCCAUGAUGGAAAGCGGUGUUUCCCACGAGGAGGCCUCCAGGAGAGUGUGGAUGUUUGACAAGCACGGCCUGCUGGUCCAGGGCCGGGAGCAGAAGGUGGAUCCCCACCAGGAGCCCUUUGCCCACAAGGCUCCAGAGGACAUACCAAAGACAUUUGUAGAGGCAGUGAAUGUACUUCGGCCUUCAGCUAUCAUCGGAGUGGCUGGGGCAGGCCGUCUCUUCACCCAGGACGUGCUCAAAGCCAUGGCUUCCAUCAACGAGCAGCCCAUCAUAUUUGCCCUGAGCAACCCCACGGCCAAGGCCGAGUGCACAGCAGAGGAGGCCUACACGCUGACAGAGGGCCGGUGCCUGUUUGCCAGCGGCAGCCCCUUCGAGCUGGUCACUCUGAAGGAUGGGAGGACCUUCAAACCAGGCCAAGGAAACAACGCUUACAUCUUCCCAGGCGUGGCUCUGGCUGUGAUCCUCAGCAGCGUCAGGCACAUCAGUGAUAAGGUUUUCCUGGAGGCUGCCAAGGCAUUGGCAGAACAGUUGACAGAUGAAGAGCUUGCACAAGGAAGACUUUAUCCUCCACUGUCCAAUAUCAGGGAAGUUUCUAUUUAUAUUGCUGUCAAGGUGAUGGAGUUCCUGUACGCCAACAACAUGGCCUUCCACUACCCCGAGCCGGCCGACAAGAACCGCUACAUCCGCUCCAAGGUGUGGAGCUACGAGUACGAGUCCUUCAUGCCGGACGUGUACGACUGGCCCGAGUCCAAGGUGCACUGACCAGCCCCGCGCCCGCUCGCAGGCAGC